AAAUAUGUCGGCUGUGACCGAUUCUGAUAUACUUGAUGGACGUGUCCUAUUAGAGGACGGAAGAAUGGUGUUUCACCCCUACCACCUAAGCCCAAAUGCAAAGUGCAGUCUUGUUUUUGACGAGAGCGGUAGAGGGUUCGUUUCUAACGCGGGCUGGGUGAUUGAGGUCAUUAAGAGCAUUCAGGUUAACGGAACUGGGUAUACAGGAACGCUUGACGAAAUCAAUUCAAUGUUUUAUGGGGAAUAUAUCAUGAAGCCAGGUCGUAUGGGCAAUUGGCCAUAUGCGAAAUCCUUAAAGUAUAAAACACCAACGCCAGCCACACUUCUCAAAUCAGGUGUGUACACGUACGAGACUAAAGCAUCCUGGGAUGGAAUCAAAGGACAGUCAUACGGUCGCUUUACCAUAGAUGCAAAAAAUGGAAAAAUCGACGGAACAGAGACAUUCAUUGUAUAAGGUGCGCGCAUUUGAAAAAUGCAAAU